UGGGAAUAAUUGUAACUUCUCAACGUAGCGCAACGUAUGACGUACUAUGGCGACGUGUAGCAUGCAUUGUUUUCAAGUUUCUUUGUGAAAAUAAUCGGGUCUGAACCCGCAAGUAAUAUAAUUUUGAUUAGUAUUUGGUGCUUUUAAGAAACAGUUCAAGGAAUUCAAUUCGAAAAUCAUGAAUUAUAAUCAUUCAAGUCCGCGGCGAGGGAAGCCAAAAAGAUUACUUGAUCCAUCUGCUGGUAUUUCUGCAUCAGCAUCGAUGCCUCAGAGUCCAUACAUGUAUAAUCAGCAGAUUCCUAUGGAUAAUGGUGUAGUACCAGAGUAUGGUUACAAUAUGCCAGAACAACAGCCCCCACCAUAUGGAUUUAAUAUGACGCCGAUGCAACAUUAUGUACCUCCUGAAAAUCGUGGUGAUGAAUAUGCAACCUCACAAUUUGCGACGCAAUUAUUGACACAGCCAGUAGUUACAAACAUGGCUGUACAAUAUGGAAAUGUUUUGGUUGGAUCUGGAAAACAGCAAUUUGAAAAAUAUGUGCCAGUUUCAGCUUUAAAAUAUUAUUUUGCUGUUGACACAAAUUAUGUUGCUUCGAAGCUAGCUUUGUUAUUUUUUCCAUUUACUCAUAAAGACUGGUCUGUGAAGUACGAACAAGAUGCUCCAUUACAACCACGUUAUGAAACAAAUGCACCAGACAUGUAUAUUCCAACAAUGGCGUUUUUAACAUACAUAGUUUCAGCUGUAUUAGUUUCAGGAACUCAGGAACGUUUCACCCCAGAACAGUUAAGUAUUUUGGCUAGUACUGCUCUUGCUUGGGGAGUCAUAGAACUAGUUGUGCAUAUUGUAAGCCUCUAUGUGAUGAAUCUUGAGACAAGUCUUUCAACAUUAGAUUUGUUAGCUUACUGCGGUUAUAAAUAUGUCGGUAUGAAUACAGCUCUUUUGGUCUCCUUAUUAUUUCGAAAAUUUGGUUAUUACAUAGUUUUAUUGUACUUCAGUGCGUCUUUAGGGUUUUUCCUUAUACGGUCACUAAAGCUAAGAGUCAUUCCACAAAACAGCCCAUACACAGCUUCUGGAAAUAAGAGGAGACUCUAUUUUAUACUAUUUGUAGCAGGUAUUCAACCUGUGCUAAUGUGGUGGUUAUCUUAUCAUUUGGUUUAAUCAGUAAUAAUAUGGAAAGAAAUUGAAAUACGUUUAAAUAAAAACGAAAUGUGUAUAUUUAUUUGAUUAUUCACAUCAUAUGUGCAUUUUUAUAAUAAAAAUUUCUUCCAAAAA